UUCACAACAGCAGUAGCAGCAACCAGAGGAACAGGCUUCCAGCAGCCCAGCCCUUCAAAUCCAGAUUUGCUUGAGAAGACUCAGCUUCUGGGUGGCAAUAACCAGUCCUUGCCCCAAGAUGGGGACUAUGUCCAGAGCAGCCUUGGUCUUGGCCUGCUUAGCUGUUGCUUCUGCCACCUUUGAGGGAGUCCUCAAGGGUCCAGGGAAGAGAGAGCUGAAGCCAGAGCAUCUCAUCCAGCACCUUCAAGAAGUUGGUUAUGCAGCACCUCCCUCCCCACCCCGGACCCAGGGCUUCUCCAUGAAUCACCCUGACACUUCUGAGCAUGAUCUUCCCUUUGAGGGACAAAGAGAAGUGCAGCCCCCUCCCUCUCCAGAAGCCAUCCCUGUCCAACAGGAAGAGCUGCCCCCUCUACAACUCCCUGUUGAAAGGAGAGUAGGUACCCCGCUCACUCAGGGAGCCUUCUCCCGCCAAGAAGAGUUGCCCCCUCCCCAAAGCCUUGCUGAACAGAAGGAAAUGGACCCACCUCUCCCACAUCAGGAGAUCUCCCAAUCCAAGCAGAGAGACGAAAAGCCAGCUCCCUUCAUGGGCCAGGACCCUGCAGAACCUCAUUCUUGGAAUCCAGCCCAGCACUGCCAACAGGGGGGCCGGUUCCGAGGGGCCUGGGCCCACCGACUAGAUGGCUUCCCCCCUGGUCGGCCUUCUCCAGACAAUCUGAACCAGAUCUGCCUUCCUGAGCGUCAACAUAUAGUAUAUGGUCCCUGGAACCUGCCACAGACUGGCUUCUCCCACCUUAGUCGCCAGGGUGAGACCCUCAAUUUUCUGGAGACUGGAUAUUCCCGCUGUUGUCGCUGCCGCAGCCACACAAACCGCCUAGACUGCGCAAAGCUCGUGUGGGAGGAAACAAUGACUCGGUUCUGUGAGGCCGAGUUCUCAGUCAAGACACGACACCACUGGUGCUGUAAAUGGCAGGGGGAGGCGCGAUUCUCCUGCUUCCAGGAGGCAGCUCCUCGACCACACUACCAGCUCCAGGCCUGCCCCAGUCACCAGCCUGGUCUUUCCUCGGGCCCCGAGCUGCCCUUUCCCCCUGGGUUGCCCACACUGGACAAUAUCAAGAACAUCUGCCACCUGAGACGCUUGCGCUCUGUGCCACGCAAUCUUCCACCUACUGACCCCAUCCAAAGACAGCUGCAUGCUCUGACUCAGCUGGAAGUGGAGUUCCAGCGCUGCUGCCGCCAGGGGAACAACCACACCUGUACAUGGAAGGCCUGGGAGGAUACCCUGGAUAGAUUCUGUGACCGGGAGCAGGCUAUAAAAACCCACCACCACUCAUGUUGCCGCUACCCUCCUAGCCCUGCCCGGGAUGAUUGCUUUGCCCAUCGAGCUCCCUACCCCAACUAUGACAGGGACAUCUUGACCCUUGACCUCAGCCGAGUCACCCCCAACCUCAUGGGCCAUCUCUGUGGAAACCGAAGAGUUCUCACCAAGCAUAAACAGAUUCCUGGGCUGAUCCAGAACAUGACUGCCCACUGCUGUGACCUGCCAUUUCCAGAACAGGCCUGCUGUGCUGAGGAAGAGAAAUUAGCCUUCAUCGAUGAUCUGUGUGGUCCCCGACGGAACUUCUGGAAAGAUCCUGCCCUGUGCUGUAACCUGAUUCCUGGAGAUGAACAGAUGAACUGCUUCAACACCAAUUAUCUGAGGAAUGUGGCUCUAGUGGCUGGAGAUGCAGGGGAUGCCAAGGGCCAGGGGGAGCAGAGCCCAACUCGGGGAACAAAUAUCAGCCCCACCCCCGGAUCCAAGGAAGAAUGAAUCACCCCAGAGCCUUGGAGGAUCAUAUGGGGGGAACCACACCCCACCCAACCCUCCCUGAACACUCAUUACAAUAAACACCUCU